CGGAGAGGCUCCAGGCAUCUCCUGUCCAGCAGGGGGGAAUAGUGAUCACAUUAACCACAGCAACCACAAGGAAAAUAGCGUUGCUGUAGUAACGGGUAGGCGAGACGCUUUCGGCUAACUCUUUUGCUAAAUACUCUGUUUAAAUAUGACUGUGUGAAGAGAAUGUGGAAAGUUGCAUAUAUGACAUGGCUACGUGAAUAACUGAAGAGCAAACUAACCGUUAUUCUCCUCUACUGCAAUCUAACUUGAGUGACCCUGUCGACUUUUUAUGGACAUGUCCGUGAUAAACAGCCUCGUACCAGCUCGGUUUCUCAUCCUCGCUGCUCACCUAGUGAUAGUCAUCAACAUCUUCUGGUCCCGGGGAAACAAUGUUCAAUCGUGCUUACCGCUGGACUUCACAGAGGAGCAGUACAAGAAUGAGGACAACCGGUUGAUUAUUGCUCUAUCAGUAACUCUGUGUUUAUUUGCCAUUGAAUUGUUUGGAUUCUUCUCCGGCGUCUCGAUGUUCAACAGUAACCAAGGAGUGCUGUCCAUGGUGUGUCACUGCAGCGCAUCUGUCUCUUUGUCUUUUUUCGUCAUCCAGCAGUGGGAAUGCUGGGUUUACUGGAUAAUCUUCGCAUUUUGCAGUGUCAUUCCUGCCCUGUGCGAGCUGGUACUGAUCAUAGCUGUGUUUGGACUGAAAAAGAAGCCGAUGUGAAGGUUUAAAUAUGUGUCCUGUGCCUCAGUAUGACGUCCACAUUAGUAGAACAAAUCUACUGUAUCUGUAACUUUAUAAUGAGCCAUGCAACAUCAGCAUUGGUGGAUCCUCCAGGUCAGAUUUUGACUUCUCAUCCAGAUUAAAUGUGAUGCAUUUGAACAUAAAGGGCUACAGAGCUGGUGUGACUCUUAUUUCAUUAUGUAACAAAUUAUGUCAGCAAAAAUUUUUUUAAAAAUUAUUUUAAUUAGGACAGUACCAUCAGAGAUCUAACAUGUGAAUGCGGUACAUGUGAAGUACACCAUCCUACACAUAAUAGUUCUUGUCAAUACUAUUCCAAUGUCUUUAGAUCUGUAUUGUAUAGAACUGUAUAAUGCUGAGGGCUUUCCCCUGAAUCAUGUAUAAUGCUGCAUUCCACUUACCCUGAGUUCACAAGUAGGAAUUUCGACUCUGAUGGGGAUUUUUUUGUUUGUUUUUUUUUUUUUUUCUCCACAAUUAUUUUUUCACCAUUGUAUGCAGUGUUGUACAUGAUUGAAAGAAGCUUGCAAUUAUUUCUAAUUGCUUCAAGUAUUUCUAGACACUCAAUAAAGCUGACCAUGCACUACAAGGA